CGGUCUGUCGGCUGGGAAUCACAUAACAUGAUUAUUAUUAAUUAGUGAAUUAACUAACUACCUACCUAAGUUAUGUUAAUUCAUCCAGCGCUUUCAAAGAGUGACGCCACGGGCACACGGCAGCGUACAUCAUGCCUUGCCUUGGUGCCUUGAUGCCUGGAUGCCCGGAUGCCUUGUGGCCCACUGCUUUCUGCCUCAGGCUCCGAAGGAAUAAAUAACUCAGAACAACCACGUGACUUAAAUUGAAUGUUGUCUCUCACGUGACUGUAUCUACUUGUUCACGUGAUCUAGGCGUCGAGCGGUUCCGUCAGCAGCUCAACCGGGACCCAGCAAGGCGGGAGCUGCCAGUGAGCUUGCCUCAGACACUGUGAUAUACCACAACACCCUUCCCUCCUCUAUCCGCUCUAUCCUACCGUCCCAACGUCUCUUGGCUUUCGAGUUCCUACCUUUCCUCCUUAUUCCUCUGGUCGUUGAAUCCCAUCACAGCCACCAUGAACGGCGCUGCUGACCCCGAGAGGGAGCAGGCGCUCGAAGACUACAAGCGAAGCCUGCUGGACCUGCGAGAAUGGGAGGCAAAGCUCAAGGCCCUACGACUGGGCAUCAAGGACCUGCAGAAGGAGUUUGACAUCACCGAAGAGAACAUCAAGGCGCUGCAGAGUGUGGGCCAGAUCAUCGGAGAGGUGCUGAAGCAGUUGGACGAGGAACGAUUCAUCGUCAAGGCGUCGUCAGGCCCACGAUAUGUCGUUGGUUGCCGCUCCAAGGUCGACCGAUCCAAGCUCAAACAGGGCACUCGUGUCGCCCUCGACAUGACCACACUCACCAUCAUGCGGAUGCUACCACGCGAGGUCGACCCUCUGGUGUAUAACAUGUCUUUGGAGGACCCCGGUCAGAUCAGCUUUGCUGGUAUUGGUGGUCUGAACGACCAGAUUCGCGAGUUGCGAGAGGUGAUCGAGUUGCCGCUGAAGAACCCCGAGCUCUUCAUGCGGGUGGGUAUCAAGUCUCCGAAGGGUGUCCUGCUGUAUGGACCUCCGGGUACGGGAAAGACGCUGUUGGCCAGAGCCGUGGCCAGCUCGCUAGAGACAAACUUCUUGAAAGUUGUUUCAUCUGCUAUCGUCGACAAGUACAUUGGUGAAUCUGCCCGAUUGAUCCGAGAAAUGUUUGGUUAUGCGAAGGAGCACGAGCCCUGUAUCAUCUUCAUGGACGAGAUCGAUGCCAUUGGUGGACGACGAUUUUCGGAGGGUACUUCUGCGGAUCGUGAAAUUCAACGGACACUGAUGGAGCUGCUCAACCAACUGGAUGGUUUCGACUACCUCGGGAAGACGAAGAUCAUCAUGGCAACAAACAGACCCGAUACAUUGGACCCCGCCCUGCUACGACCCGGUCGUCUGGACCGAAAGAUCGAAAUUCCCCUGCCUAACGAGGUCGGUCGACUGGAGAUUCUGAAGAUCCACACGAGCACCGUUGCGACGGAGGGUGAGAUCGACUUUGAGAGUGUCGUCAAGAUGAGUGACGGUCUCAACGGAGCGGAUUUGAGAAAUGUGGUUACGGAAGCUGGUCUUUUCGCCAUCAAGGACUACCGGGAUGCCGUCAACCAGGACGACUUCAACAAGGCCGUUCGCAAGGUUGCUGAGGCGAAGAAGCUCGAGGGCAAGCUCGAGUACCAGAAACUGUAGUUUGGUGCAUGUUGGUCAGCAAGCUUCUGAUCUAUGACUGGUCAUGGUCUUAUGCCGAGGGGAACCUACGUAAUGUAAACUAAGUAGAGAGCGAUGUCGAUAUAUGAACUCGAGACGUUUCUCGCAUGUUAUUCUCGUCCUAUUUUCCAGUUUUAUGACGACAAAGUUACCUGUACAUGCGCUGCAAUUGCUACGCCCAAUUGCGUGUUCUCCGCCCUUGGAUUGAAGCCAAAAAACGGACAGAUCGCCAGAUCCUCAUGCUGAUCCCUGGGAACAGA